AUGAAUCAGGUUUACAAGGUUGGGAUCGCAUCACACGGGGAGAAUCCAGCCAUGGUCACGUUGUCUAUUGAGAAGAAAUGUUUGAUUGUUCAUCUCGUCGAAACUAUGCAGAAUGGACCCAUUCAAGGACGUUUUGCGGAUUUUCUCGCUAACGAUUCUAUUGGUUUUGUCUCUUCGGGUCCACUAACGAUGGGAGCUCUGGCCUUGCACGGAUAUUCAGAUGCGUUGCAGCCUGACGAUGUUGACGAGGAGGAACCGACCUUCGCGGACUUGGCCGAGUUAGUCGUGGGAAGCAGAAUUGAGCUUGAUCCGGUGGUGGCGGCCGGCGAUUGGACCGUUUGGCCACUGACAAACGAUCAGGUGCUCCUUACCUCUACGUAG